AAACCAAAAUUUUAAUUUUGAUUAUAUAAACAUUUCAAAUGAUUUCACCUGUAGUUUAAUAAUAAAGUUGAAUCAACAAAUGAUAUGUUUGAGAUUAAUUUCUUUUUUCUGUACAAUUAUCAUGUUCUUCACAGUGCUUAACAGUGUUGUUGUUUCCAUAGAAUCAAUGACGGUUCUCAAAAGGUACGUCCUAAGGCUGUUCAUGUCGAUCAAGUACAUAACAGCAAACGUAGUGGAUAAAAACAACGGGAGAGUAGUGACAACAACUUCAACGGUAGAGCACGCAGUCAAGAACUCACUAGAGUGUGGUCGUACUUGCAAUGCCAAAGCAGCUGCUAUUCUAGGAGAGGUUUUGGCGAUGAGGCUGAAAGUAGAAGGGCACCAAGAUGGGCAAGGAAGAGGCAUCCACGUCGAUGUCAAGAAAGAAAUCGAAAAGAAAGGGUUCAAGAGUCGAACCAAGGUAUGGGCUGUUAUUAACUCCGUAAGGAACAAUGGUGUUACGCUAAUUCUUGAUGAUUUUAAUGUUGAUGAGGACAAAUAUUAUCGUUAUCGUUCUGACGAGGGCCAUCAGUGAAUUCUCCUUCUGUCGAAUCUUAGAUUCUGUUCUACAUAAACUUGGAAUAGUCAAAUCUUUGUGACAAUAUAAAGUGUUCAGUGAAUAAAAUUAGCAGGUUUUAAAUUAGUUAAUAAACUACUCUAUUAGCUUAGUUAUCAUAAACUUGGAAUAGUCAAAUCUUUGAGAGUUUUGCUGACGUCGUUUCGUGUUUAGUGUUGACUUAUUUAUUUAUUUUUAUUUUUUUGACAGAGUGUUGACUUAUUCUAAACUACUCUAAUAUGAUAUGUAUACGGAUAAACUUAUUAUGAUAUCUAUAAUUAAGUGUUUCAUUAGCUAAUUAUUAUGAUAUGUAUACAGAUAAAAUUAUUCGUGUAUAAUAUUUUAUUAAUUUUUAGAAUUAUUAAAUUGAAGAAAAUGUUUUUAAGAUUCAAUUUUUAAAAGAAUUUUUAUUUUAUUUGAAAUAAAAGUAUUUAUUUAUUUCUAUUAGAUUAUUUGGUGUUUGUGUGUUUCAGAAACAUCAAUGUAAAUAAGUUUAUUUUUAUUUAAUUAGAUUAAGUAACAUUAAACUACUUGGUUUUCUAUGACAUGCGCAUGAAAUAUUUUUUCUAAGAAUAAUUUUAUGUAAAAUAAAAUUUGAAUUAUGCUUUACUGGUUUACAAUAUUUUAAUUUAUUUUCUCAACUAGUUAAACAAUAUUUUAAUUUAUUUUUUAUUUAGUUAAAAUUAAGUUUAAAAUAAAAAAAUUGUUUAAUAAGUAUUUUAUUUUAAUUAUUUUUAUAUUUGAGUUCAUGUAUAUUUAGUUUUACAUUUUUAUAGAUUACAAUAUAUUAACUGAUUAAAUGAUUUAUUAUAUUUGUUUUUAUAAAAUAAUUGUUAAUCAUAACAUUUUAUAGCAUUUAAAUCCAAUUAAGUACAAUAACUUAAAACUCAGGUUAGUCAUAUAUUUAUGCCAUUUAACAGAUAUAACAUAUUGAUCGAUUGGAAUCUAUUCUAUUAAAACAGCAGCAUGACCUAUUGAUAAAGGUUAUGUCCAAUUUAUUUUAUAAUAACUUCUAAUUAAUUAUCUAAAUAUAUUAUGUAACCACCUUCUAAAUAUAACUGCAUCUAAAUAAUUUUAGUUUUGGACUAACUAUCCAUUAUGUGGGGCCCAACAUUAUUUACGUUAAUAGAACUUACAGUCCUUUAGUGAUCAAAUCUUAUUGGCUAAGUUCGAUUUUUAAUUUCCAAAGAUUUAAGUUUUUCUAUUGCAGUUGUCUCAAAAAAACUUUUACUAUUUAUACACUUUUUGACAGCAGUCAAUAAUAGUAGGAAAACUAUUUAUACUAUUGAAUUACUAAACAAAAUUGUAAUUAUACUUUAUUAUUAAAAAAAUUAAUAACUGUUUAGUAAUACAAGCGUGUAAUUAUGUAACAUCACAAAUUCAAUACAAUUAUCAAAACCAAUUACUAUUAAUUAAAAAAAAAUUUAUACAAAUAUGAUAUAAAGAAAAACAAAUUAACGUAGACAGUUUAUCUGGAUCCAAAGACUCAAAUCAGAACCGACUCAAAAAUACAGGUCCGGGUCCAUGCUAAAAUGCCUAUUGGUUCUUUUUUAAACUUGCGGGUCUCUGUUCGGGUCUGAAUCUUACCCGAGAUCCGAUCGUGUACCCAAAAAAUCUGAAAAUUAUUGUAUAUCUAUUCUAUUAAAUUAGGAACAUGACCUAUUGAUAUAUGUUUAGUCCAACUAUUAUUUUUCACAUGAUCUACUUAAAAAAACAAAUAUUUUAUAACUGCAUGAAAAUUAAACAAACUCUAUCUCGGUAACUACCUUCUAUUGGUCAAUACAUAUUUUUUGUAACCUCCUCACCAAAAUUAUCGGUGGCCACCUCUUUUCAAUAUUAUAUUAGCCAACAAUUAUAUAUUAUGUAACAAUUAUUCAAACGAAAAUAUAGCAACAAUUAUCGGUGAUCAUCCUUAUUGCUGCAGCAAAAUUUUUCCUCUUAAUAGUAUGUUUCCAAAUUUUGGCCCUUUUUAUUAUAUUUUUGUACCUAAGAUAUAAAAAUUCUUUUAAACUAAUUCAGAAAUGGCACUCUUAGUUAAAAAAAAACAAUUAUUCCUUCCUUUUGGGUUUAUACCUUCUUUUUUGUCAUUUCUUUUGGGUUUAUUCCAAAAUUAAGUUUACUCUUUUCGACAGUAUUUCACCCAAUUUUUUUUAUCUUUUUGUGUUAUUAAAUAAUCUCAAUCUGUUUCUUUUUAGAAUUUUAACCUUUUAUUUAAUUAAUAUAACACGUUAUUUUAUAUAGUUAUGUACCCAGUUACAUUAUUGACAUAUAUUUCUACAAUGAUAUAUUAAUUAUUCCUCAUAAUAUUGGUUAAGAAGUAUAAAAUGUAGUUAUUAUAUUAUAGAUACUUUAUAUUUGUUAAGAAAUACAAAAUAAAACACUUAUAAUAUAUGAUUACAUGAAAAACCCAUAUAUAAAAAUUAAAUUUCUCAAAAAAAUUAAAU